AUGAAAAAUAAAGAACUGAAAUUCAGAGUUAGGCAAAUACAAGGUCCUGUUCAGAAUCAGCUGAUGCAUUCACCGGAUGGCCAGGGAUACAGCCCUUCAGUUCCAGGAUCGUAUUCCCAUCAGACACCGGCGAAGGUUCCUCCGCAUCCAUCUUUGGGACAGUAUAACUAUAGUGGCUCUCAGAAUGUUUCUCAAUUAAACAGUUACCAAGGACCUGGGCAGACUCUCAACAGACCACCAGUGGCACCUUUCUCCGGGUCACCAGUACAACAGACAGGUCCUGCUCCACAAGUGCUGCUGCCUCCAUUGCAAAACUCAGCUGCUGUAUCAUCUGCUGGUAGCUUUCCUCCGGGAGCUACCCCACCAGUGCUUUCAAACUGGCAGUACAGCCAGGCUCCCACAGGCCAGCCCCCUGGGUCUCAAACAAGCCAUUUGGCUCAUGUGACGGGGACAGGGUCACCUCAGCCACCGUUAUCAUUAUCAGGAAAUACAAAUCCUCCAGGAAGUUAUCAAUAUGCUGCUUCUCCAGGAGGUCCCCCGCUUCAGAACAGCUACAUGAAGCCAGGACCUGCCCCUGCACCAGUGACUCAGCCUUUAACUCCACUCCACCCGCCUUCAAGGCCACCCUUAGGACCUCCACCAGUUGGUGGCCCACCUUUAAUUAGGCCAUCAGCACUGGCAGCAGGACCUCCUAAUACACAGUCGCUGCUAAACUCAGCUGCAAGUCGAGAAGGUGAUGCUACAUCUGCUGCCAGCGAUGGGGCUGCGGUGCAGAACAGCUACGAUGCACUGGAAGGUGGUGGCCUCACAGCAACUCCACAUCCUUCUCCUGCACCCCCAAAUGUUAAGAUGAACAGAAGUGUUGGGUAUUCUUACCCUGCCUUACCUCCAGGCUACCAAAAUACUUCUGCACCCGGAGCACCAGGAAUGCAGGCAUCUGCUUUGCAGUAUCCAGAUGGAUCAAAACAUUUCCACCAGCCUGCCCUGGGCACUAAUCACUUAAGCGCAUCUAUGGGUGCCCUGAGUCUACAGCAAGAAGGAUUAAGACCUGUGAAUCUUCUUCAAGAAAGAAAUAUUCUUCCUACAACCCUCUUGAAGGCUCCAGUCCCAAACUUGCAUGAGGACAUCCAGAAGCUCAACUGUAAUCCUGAGUUGUUCCGCUGUACCCUGACUAACAUUCCUCAAACUCAGGCCUUACUGAAUAAAGCCAAACUUCCUCUGGGGCUCCUGCUUCAUCCUUUCAAAGACUUAUCGCAAUUGCCAGUGGUCACUUCAAGUACUAUUGUGAGAUGCCGUUCCUGCCGGACAUACAUUAACCCUUUUGUCAGCUUUCUAGACCAAAGGAGGUGGAAAUGCAAUCUGUGCUAUAGAGUGAAUGAUGUUCCUGAAGAAUUCAUGUAUAAUCCUGUGACAAGAGUUUAUGGAGAACCUCAUAAAAGACCUGAAGUCCAGAAUGCUACUAUUGAGUUUAUGGCUCCAUCCGAAUACAUGCUACGUCCACCUCAACCACCCGUGUACCUCUUUGUGUUCGAUGUCUCUCAUAAUGCAAUAGAGACAGGAUACUUGAAUACAGUCUGCCAGACGUUGUUAGACAAUCUUGACUUGCUUCCUGGGAACACUAGAACAAAAAUAGGCUUCAUAACGUUUGACAGCACAAUCCAUUUCUACAGUCUUCAGGAAGGUCUCUCUCAGCCUCAGAUGCUUAUAGUUUCAGAUAUUGAAGAUGUAUUUAUACCAAUGCCAGAAAACUUACUAGUAAAUUUAAAUGAAAACAAAGAGCUAAUUCAAGAUCUGUUGAAGGCCUUGCCACAGAUGUUUACGAAGUCCCUGGAAACUCACAGUGCCCUGGGGCCUGCAUUACAGGCUGCCUUUAAACUGAUGUCCCCCACCGGAGGUAGAAUCUCUGUCUUCCAGACACAGCUUCCAUCUGUGGGAAUGGGAGCGCUGAAGUCACGAGAAGAGCCAAACCAAAGAGCAACUGCAAAGGACAUACAUCUGACACCAUCGACUGACUUUUACAAGAAGUUAGCCUUGGACUGCUCAGGGCAACAGGUUGCAGUGGAUCUAUUUCUUCUUAGUGGACAAUAUUCGGACUUGGCUUCUCUAGGUUGUAUAUCGAGGUAUUCUGCAGGUAGUGUCUACUACUACCAGUCUUACCACCAUAAACACAACCCUGUCCAGGUGGAGAAGUUGCAAAAGGAACUGAAACGAUAUUUAACUAGAAAGAUUGGGUUUGAGGCUGUCAUGAGGAUAAGAUGCACCAAAGGUCUCUCCAUUCACACUUUCCAUGGGAACUUCUUCGUACGAUCUACAGACUUGUUGUCAUUACCCAACGUGAACCCAGAUGCAGGAUAUGCUGUGCAAAUGUCAGUAGAAGAGAGUCUUACUGAUAUGCAGGUUGUUUCCUUUCAGUCAGCUCUCCUGUACACAUCCAGCAAAGGUGAAAGACGAAUUCGUGUCCACACUAUGUGUUUACCUGUUGUAACAACACUGAGCGAUGUCUACCUAGGAGCAGAUGUACAAGCCAUUACAGGGCUCUUAGCCAAUAUGGCUGUGGACCGGUCGGUCUCCGCUACAUUGAGCGAUGCUCGGGAUGCUCUGGUCAAUGCAGUGAUAGACUCUUUAUCUGCUUAUCGCUCAGCAGUCCUGAGCAUCCAACAGCCUGGUCUCACAGCCCCCUCCUCACUGCGGCUCUUCCCACUUUAUGUACUGGCACUCCUAAAACAGAAAGCGUUUCAAACCGGGACGAGCACUCGUUUAGAUGAACGCAUUUUUACCAUGUGUCAAGUGAAGAACCAGCCCCUUGUUUACCUCAUGCUCAUGACACAUCCCAGCCUGUACAGAGUCGAUAACCUCACAGAUGAGGGGGCUCUUAACAUAAAUGACAGAACUAUACCUCAGCCACCCCUUCUCCAGCUGUCAGUGGAGAAGUUGAGCAGGGAUGGUGCUUACCUUAUGGAUGCUGGCUCUGUAAUGUUUCUGUGGAUUGGGAAGAACUGCGGGCAGAGCUUUAUCAGCCAAGUCCUUGGAGUUCCCAAUUAUGGCUCAAUACCGCAGAACAUGACACAUCUCCCAGAACUAGACACUGCUGAAUCCAUCAGAACAAUAGCUUUCAUUUCUUGGCUGAGAGAACAGAGACCUUUCUUCCCUAUACUAUAUAUAAUAAAGGAUGACAGUCCAUUGAAAUCAAGUUUUCUGCAAAAUAUGAUUGAAGACAGAACAGAAUCAGCCUUAUCAUACUAUGAAUUCCUCCUUCAUAUACAGCAGCAAGUGAAUAAAUGAAACACUAACCUUUGGCUCACUUCUUUAAGGAAAGAUUUUGCAGUAAAGAACGAUUGUGCUUGUAAUAUCUUCAUUAAAUCUGUGGCCUGAGGCAGUUGAUGAGAAGUUCUCACUGUGAUUUCAACAAACUAAAGCAAAUAAAGGACCACAUCUGAGAAUCAAAUGUGCAACUACAUAAUAUUGUACCUUAAGAAAAAAACAAAAUCAAACUGUUGGAACUGGUUGAGCACCUUUAAUUUGCUGCAAAUCAUGUUUUUACUGUAAGUAGUUGCAGCAUGAAGUAUAUUUACAAAGGCAAUACUGAAAAGGUGAAAUACAUUUUGUAAAAUAAAGAGUUCUUUGUUGUUCAAAAUGUAUAUUUCUGUAACUCUUUGC